UUUCGGUUCUUUCCUGUCUUUCUAGAGCUUUCCAAAAGUUGCAGGUGAGAAAUUCCCGACCACACAUAAAAACCUCCAACACACCAACUCCUCUUCAGUACAACCCUCUCUGUUCACGCUUCAGUUUCAUGUUCACUGUUGUUUGUUGUAUUGAUCUACUCCCCGGCCGAGUUCAACCGAUCAACUGAUUCCAUCUCAACUAAUCCUACAGCUAAAAAGAGCCAUUCCCAACCGACAUCUAUUGCACUCCGCUCCUCAGAUCAGAAUAGCCCAUUAGUAGAGACAUAAAAAACAAAUUUCGACUUGCUGCCGAAAAUUAAUAGAAUAAAAUGGUGCUCCACAAUCCUAACAACUGGCACUGGGUGAACAAGGAUGCUUCUGCUUGGACCAAGGAAUAUCUGGAAAAGACUCUUACUACCAUCUCUGCAGAGGAAAAUGGAGUGACUGCUCAGAUAAAGAAGGUCGUUAGCCUCGAUGGCGACGUAGACGUCAGCCAGCGGAAGGGCAAGGUUAUCACAUUAUUUGAUGUUAAAUUACAAUUAGAAUAUGAAGGUAAGACAAGUGACGACGAAGAAGUCAGCGGUUCAAUCAAUGUCCCCGAGGUUGCGCACGAUACCGAGGAAGACGAGUAUGUCUUUGAAAUUGGCAUCUACUCCGAAUCUGCGUCGAAGCAGCCGGUGAAAGACCUUGUCCGCUCGAAACUCGUCCCUGAAAUCCGCAAGGAGUUGGCAAAAUUAGCCCCUGCUCUGAUUGCUGAGCAUGGAAAGGAUAUUCAACAUGCCCCCGGCUCCAAACCUUCCAGCGGCUUUGCGACACCAAAUCAUGUCCCCCAGAGCAGCACCCAAACUCCAAGAACUUCCACUCCUACCACCACAACCACACGCACCUCCAGUGUUAAUACUGUCAGCGUCACCGCCGUAGACGAAUUCCGCACUACCGCAGAAGAGCUCUACACGACCUUCACAGACCCCCAGCGCAUCGCCGCUUUCACUCGUGCUGCCCCUCAACUCUUCGACGGCGCAAAGGUUGGCGGUAAAUUCUCGAUUUUCGACGGCAAUGUAGACGGCGAAUAUGUUAAGCUGGAGUCUCCGAUCUUAAUUGUGCAGAAAUGGCGCCUUGCGCAGUGGCCUGAGGGACACUACAGCACGCAAGAGAUUAAUUUUGAUCAGAAUGAUGUCGACCGGGUCACCAACAUGCGCGUGAAGUGGGAUGGCGUUCCUGUCGGACAGGAGGACGUCGUCAAGCGGAACUGGGAGGGAUACUAUGUUCGGAGCAUUAAGCAGACAUUUGGGUUUGGCACGAUACUAUAAUAUAUUCCAAACCGCUUAAAUGUCAAAAAAGAAAAGAAAAAUAAAUAAAAAUUAAGACGUUCUCGUUUUUUUCAGAUAAUUCCUUUGAAAUCCAACAACACUAGCUACGAAAUAGGUAUGAAAUGAAAAAUAUAAAAAAAUUUGACUGACUCAAUGAAGCCAGUAAAAUAUCAAAUCAAGUACAUAUUAUCGAACAAACGAGCAAAUGCGACUACUUUUCUUAGGAUCACCCCACACACAGUCAACGGCUAAAUGAAGACAGGAAGGAUGCUUCAAAUCGAUCUGCGGUGCCGAAAGAUGAUCCAGGGUCGUUUUCCACUCUUGCCUACUAUUUCUUGCUAUUUGUAUCCAUUGCUGAAAGCAUUGGGGAGGCGUCUAGACAUCCCGAGGAAAUAUGUUCGAGAGACGUGAGCAGAUCAAAUUCCAUCUAGAUAGACCUUGCUAGCAAUUCAAUAAUUGAGGUAAAUUUGCAUUGUGAUUGGUGAAUAGAGUUCUCGCACUUCCAGAAGCCCUUCUCACAACCCCAGUCAAGGUAGAGAAGAGUAAAAUGUCGUUGAGUUCGCUCCAGUUGCAUACUACCUUUCUUCUUUCUUCUGUGAAGUGUGGCUCAGUUGAUUAAGUGUACGCAGCACGCAAAGUUAUUUAUGGGAUCGAUUAUUACUUCCUCGUUUACACGCAUUUCAGCCCUUAAGACCGGACUGGAAUCCGAGAAGCUUUCUUCCAGAUAUACACUACCCCCUCUUAAAGCCCAUUCCCACGUAAAGUUUCCUUCCUUUCAACUUCCAUUAAUCUCUCACCCGCAUAUCCCGCUCUCAACAAGCCUCUCACUCGGAUACAGGAUCCUCGGCUCUCCCGCAGCCAUAGAUACUGGUACCUGCCCAUUAGAACCCACCACGGCAGUCGUGCACGUGUAAAUAUCCGUAACACGCAUACCGGCCGGAUACCCCGUCCCACCCAGCUGCAGCGUGUAUGAAGCACCGCCAGAGCCAAGGUUAGAGAGUACGGUGAUAAUUUGUUUGCCGUCGAAGCCUUUGCGCAUCGCGAUGGUGCUUUUGUCUUGGUAGAUGGGAUAGUUCUGUAUUUGUUAUAUCAUAGAAGGUCAUUUGAGACUACUGCUUAGGGGAACAUGUGUGGGGGCGGUUGGACGAAGGGAGCAAGCAGGGCGGGUGGUCGUAUGGCAAUGAGUAAGGAUGUCAAUUGGCACUUACUUUAUACGUAAGAUAAUUGGGAUCGUCUGCGAUGGCCUUCUUCCGAAUUUUAUUGGCUUUGGCGGUGAGCUGGUAGAGAGGGCUUUCGGUGUUAUAGCCCGACAGCCAGGUUGCUUCGCGGUUGUCUGGGUCCUUCCUCCCCGCGUAGUGCUGCUCUUGGCCAGCGUAGACUAUGGGAAUCCCGUCGGCAAGAAUGGUGAAGACCAGGGCAUUUUUGGCAAGAGACAUGUCUUUGGUAUAACUUUGAUAGUAAACCGAUGUUAGAGAUGUUGAGGGCCGAGGAGGCGUGCCCUGGGCAGGUUUGGGCGUCACAUACCUUGCGAAUCUUGGGGUAUCAUGGUUCUCAGCGAACGUUCCUAGCAGAGUGGAGUCUGCGCAGCUGUCUUUCAUUGUGUUGAUCAUGUUGUAUAGAUUUGCGAUAUUGCCGCCAGGAGACUUGAAGACUUCGAGGAGAGCGUAAUAACUGCGAAUAUUUUAGCCAACCCGCCAUAUUUCUUUGGUAGUAGAAAUAUCCGUGAUCGUACAUUGGAAAGUUCACCAACCCAUCCAGAUAAUUCUGAUAGUGGCAGGUGUACCCUGAGUCACCACUAUAUACUUCUCCCAUGGAAUAUACACCUGCUGCAUCAUUGAACUUCCGCCAGAACGGCUUCGGUACAUGCUUGACUGUAUCAAUUCGAAGGCCGUCAACUGCGACAAUUGUUAGUUCCCAGAGUAGGGUGUUGAACUGCGGAAAUGAUUUAAAUAGCGCUGUCACUCACUAGAAU